AUUCUUUGCAAUUGCUGCAAUCUGAAUCCUAUAAAUUCCAAUGUCAUUGACGGGAACACUUGUCAAGCCUUCAGUUUUCUUCCUUUUCCUGAUAGAGUCCAGGUUCACAACGAAAAGAUGGGUGAGGCUUCUGAGACUGUGUCUCAUAAAAGGUUAGAAGGCAAGGUGGCAAUUAUCACCGGUGGUGCUAGUGGAAUGGGAGCAGCCACGGUGCAGCUUUUCCAUGAACAUGGAGCCCAGGUCGUCCUGGCAGAUAUCAAAGACAAACAAGGACAAGCAAUAGCCGACAAGCUUGGAGAAAAUGUCACCUACAUCCACUGUGAUGUAUCAGAUGAAGAUGAUGUGAUCAACCUCAUCGACACCACCAUAGAAAAACAUGGAAAGCUGGAUAUUAUGUACAAUAAUGCAGGGGUCAUGGACCGUUCUUUGGGAAGUAUUUUGGACACCAAAAAAUCAGACCUAGACUGGAUGCUUAAAGUUAACUUGGGGGGUGCUUUUCUUGGAGCCAAACAUGCGGCUAGAGUCAUGAUUCCGCAGCGAAAAGGCUGCAUACUUUUCACUGCUAGUGCCUGCACAGCAAUUGCUGGACUUUCUACCCAUUCUUAUGCAGCUGCCAAGUGUGGAAUUUGGGGUCUGGCCAGGAACUUGGCAUCAGAGCUUGGCGAAUACAGUAUAAGAGUAAAUUGUAUCUCACCUUAUGGUGUUGUUACAGGCAUGACUCCAAUUACAGACGCUUCUCAAGUACCAAUGGUAGAAGAGAUAUUAAGCAAGGCAGGUAAUCUCCAGGGGCAAACUCUCAGGGUAGAUGGUAUUGCCAAAGCUGCACUAUACUUGGCUAGUGAUGAUGCAUACUAUGUUAGUGGGUUAAAUCUUGUGGUGGAUGGAGGGUUCAGCACAGUGAACCCUACUAUAAUUUUGAAGACUCCAUAUCAUUAA